AUGAAAAAGCUGCUUUACAGGACCGAGGAAGAAACGGUGGUUUAUGACAAUGUGCUAGAGGGAUUGUAUUCCCUGUACAAAACAUAUAUUUUGGAAUUGGAAAAUGAAUUUAAUUAUUAUCACUUUUAUAAGCCGCUUCUAACGAGCGGUGAUUUUUUAUCUAAACCAAUGAUUCUGUUGUUGGGUCAAUACUCAACAGGAAAAACGACAUUUAUAAAACAUUUAAUAGAAAAAGAAUAUUGUGGAAUGAGAAUAGGACCUGAACCAACAACAGAUAAGUUUGUAGCAGUAAUGUACAAUGAAAAGGAACAAUUAAUUCCAGGAAAUGCAUUAGUUAGUGACAUAACAAAACCGUUUUCUCAAUUAGAAAGUUUUGGAAAUAGCUUUUUAUCAAAAUUGGAAUGUUCAAAUACAUCUAGUGAUGUAUUGAAAUCGUUAACUAUAAUUGAUACACCUGGAGUUUUAAGUGGAAUAAAACAAAUAAGCAGAGGUUAUGAUUUUGAAAAAGUUAUAUAUUGGUUUGCACAAAGGGUAGAUUUAAUAUUGCUCAUAUUUGAUGCGCACAAAUUGGAUAUAUCUGAUGAGUUUAGGAGAUGCAUACAAGCUAUAAAAGGACAAGAUUCGAAAAUUCGAAUAAUUUUAAACAAAGCAGACACGAUUAAUACACAGCAGUUAAUGAGAGUUUACGGUUCAUUAAUGUGGUCACUUGGAAUAGUUAUAAAUACUCCAGAAGUGAAUAGAGUAUAUAUUGGUUCAUUUUGGGAUAGAAGAUUAAUGCAUGAUGAGAAUAGAAAUAUAUUUGAAGAAGAGGCAUCAGAUUUGUAUAAAGAAUUAUCUAAGAUUCCAAGAAAUUCUACUAUGAUUAGACUAAAUGAUUUUAUUAAAAGAUGUAGAACAUUGAAAGUUCAUAUUUAUCUUUUAUCUCAUUUAAGAAAGAAAUUACCAUAUUUUAGAAAAGGUUAUUUUAAGAAUAAAUUAAUAAAAUCGUUAGAUAAAGUAUAUGAAGAAGUUGCCAAGGAUUACAAUCUACCACUUGGUGAUUUUCCAAAUGUACAAUUUAUGAGAGAAAAAUUACAUGACAUUGAUUGGUUAAGUAUCCCAAAAUUAGAUUUAAAAAAAAUAGAGCGAAUUAAUAAAGUAUUAAAUGUUCAUAUUCCACAACUAUUAGAAAUGAUUCCAAAAGAAUCUGUGAACAUUGAACAGUCUAGAUAUGAAACACAGGAAGGCACUAUUGUCGAAAAUAAAUUAACUCCCUUUUUGGAGCUAACAUCAGGAGAAAUCCCCAUGUGGGUUAGACAAAAAUAUUUGUUAAGUCCUAUUGAUACUUCCAAAUAUUCAGACGAUUUUUAUAAAUUAGGUCCUAAUGAUUUUGGAAAACUUUCCGGAGAACAAGUCAAACCCGAUUUGAUUAAGAGCAAACUCCCCAGUUCUGUUCUUCACAAAAUUUGGAAUCUAGCCGAUAUAACAAAAGAUGGUUACCUGGACUUGUUCGAAUACUCGCUUGCAAGACAUUUCAUUGAGAUGAAGUCGGAGGGUUUUGAUUUGCCUUCGAAGGUACCCAAGGACAUAAUAAAUGCGCAUGAGUAUUGA